UUAUUUAUUGAGACGAAUGUAGACAUUUUAACAUAAACUUAUGGUUUUUGAAAGCCAAAGCUUGACCUCCUCCUGAAAAGGUUUCAGUCAUGCACAUCAGGCCAGUUUGGAGUUAUUAAAACAAACUGCUGUAAAUUAAAGGGGAGCCAUUUUUAGCCUCUCAAAGUGAAACAGACCUUCAGAAAUGGUCUAUUUCUGGACGUAAGAACUAGGUGGCAGUGUAACCACGGGACACGUGAUGUGUUUAGGCCGUGAGUCAGAAAGGUGGAUCAGAUCCAAAGUAAACCGGAGAGGCUUCCCCAGAGCAGAUGUUUGGUGGAUCAGAUGUGAACAUGUUCUGAGACAGAGAUACUCAGACAGCUUUGUGAAUGGAUCAUAAAAGAUUGUCCCUAAAAUGGACAAACCUGCACGUCAGUUUGAGUUUGUUCCUUCCUCUGCGGAGCACCUUCAUAUCGUCUUACCCAUGAUCUGCAUUAUUCAUCACCUCACAGGUCUCACAGAACGCUCUAGAGUCGGCCUCCCCAUUGAGAAGAGCAACAGACGCGGGCGGCGGUCAAAAUGUUCGCCGCCGCCACCAAGAAUUUUGUGAAGCAGGUUGGAGACACGGGGAGGUUGAUCCCGGUUCCCAGCCUGAGCGAGGCCGACCGCUACCAGCCGCUCAGCCUGGUGACCAGGAAGAGGAAGAAGCACUUCUGGAAGAAGAACAAGUUCGCCUCCACGCCUUUCUCGCUCAAAGACAUCCUCGUUGGGGAGAAGGAGAUCACUGCGGGGGUUUCUUCUUACCAGCUUCUCAACUACGAGGACAAGUCGGACGUGUCGCUCAACGGCCGGUUGGGGAACCACCUCAUCAACGACGUGGGGUUCAACGUCAGCGGCUCCGACUCGGUGGCGGUCAAAGCCUCAUUCGGGAUCGUGACCAAACACGAGCUGGAGGUGCCGACUUUACUGCGCGAGCUAAACUCCAGAAAAGUCGACCUGGAUCACUGCCUGGUUCGUCAGUCCAGAGAGAGUGGGCGCAGUGUUCUUUGCGUGGUCGUGGAGAGCAUCCGUACCACGCGUCAGUGUUCUCUGACUGUCCACGCUGGCAUGAGAGGGACCACCAUGAGGUUUCAGAUUGACGAUGGCAGAAUCCCUAAAGGUCGAGACAAAGCCAUCGUCAUUCCGGCUCACACCACCAUCGCUUUCAGCAUCUGUCAGCUGUUUUUUCGCCUGGAUGGACGUCUUGAUAUUUGUGUAGCUCCAGGUUCCCAGGGCGGGUUUGAGCGCGAGCAGAUCCGUGAGCAGCUGGGCGGAUUCAUCGGCCGCUUCUCCAUGGGCCGCCUUCGCCGGUUCCUGUCUGGAAUCAUCUACGGAAACCCCUUCAGGGCAGACGACCGGACGUUUGAGGAGCUGACGCACUCGGACACCUACAUGGACGACGUGGUGACCGACUACUACGAAAAGGCCGCCAGCAUGACCGACGUGUCCACGGCCUACCUGAGGGAAAGCUCCCACCAGCGCGUGAACCUCCUGAAACACAACAUCCCCAAAGGGCCGUGCGCGCUGUGCGGCAUGGGCAACCAGAAGAGGGAGACGGUCUACGGCUGUCUGGAGUGCUCCUCCGGGCCCCAGAAGUACGUCCGCUUGCACGUGGUGCCCUGCUUUGAUCUCUGGCAUAAAACCCUGAGAUGAAGAAGACUCGAGCGCGUUGGGAACCUGAACUGACGACAAGUGCGACGUGAAUCCUCCUGCCGUCUGAGGCUUUGAGGCGGAUCGUCUUGGGUUUACUUCUGGCAGGAGGCCAUUUUCCACACGUGCUGCGUGUGAACUGUAGCUACUAGGUCAUGAAUUAAUCAAAAGAGGGAUCGUGUGAGGAACAACGGCCCGUUCCUACCCGUUCCAAGUGGGUCACUGGUGCAACCAUGUCGUUUUCACAGAGUCUGAAUAAAGUUUGCUCUUACUUUUCAA